CUAAAAUGACGUUUGUUUACUCAGUCGCAGUAUUGAAAAUGCAUAGAAUUAUUCCCAAAACCGCAUGAAUAUCAGUAAAAUCCUGCUUCCAUGGAUUAAGUAAAUGGAGAAUGGAUCUAAAGUAUUUAGUUUUCUCGUAAAUUAUACUCUCAACCGGGUUUUUAAUGCCAAGUAGGGUUAUGUUUGUUUGUCUCGUACAUCAGUGUGUAUUAAAUCCCUCCUGUAAAUUGUUAUUUAUUGAAAUAUCGACUGAAAAUGCGGACUGGGGGUAUGUUCGAUGUGCGUGAGUUUGGGAAGCGGGUGCGAAGGUUUCUCGAUGGAAAUUAUUCGUGUCGUAAAAUCCUUCUCUUCCUGAUUGUUGUGGGUGGGUUUAUCCUUUAUUUUGGUCAGCCUUUCGCACACUGGCUGUUCUCUGGGAAUCGAGAGCCUGUGGAAGCAUUUGAGGAUCAAUGCAUACGUGAGAGGCUCUUGAAUUUCCAUUACGAUGUAGCAAACGAUGAUGCAACAAUUUUAAAUGACCCACCGAGCGAAAAAGACCAGAAUUACCUGCCAUACAUUGGCAAUGGUGUAUUCGGAGUUCAAGUAUCCCCAGUUGGGCGUUUGUACAUACGUCAGGGACGUACACUCUCUCUCUUCGCACAGUGGGAUCCUCUCGUAUCGGUUCCCCUGCCCGACGAUACUCCACAUCGUGAGGCAACUGUCAUGCACUUUACGGAUGGAAUUGUUUAUAAGUAUCAGUGUCUGAGGAGUGGAUAUCACGUAGAUACUCAGUACUAUGCGCACAGAAUUUUUGAGGGAAUUCUCGUGGAGGAUAUCACUAUUUUCAAUCCUUCUAGUGUUACUCAGGAGGUACCACUCAGGCUGAAUACUGUGCCACAUUGGACUGAUUAUGAAACUAAAAAUGUGAACAUCCAAGUGGAUGGCAAAAACCAUGACUACAUCAUGACAUCUGGUUACGUACCUCUGCCAGACUCAAGUCAAAUAAUAGUAGUUUCGAUAUUAUACAAACUUCCACAGAACAGUGUGAUAGUAAAACCCAGAAGUUCGACGAAAAUUGAGUUUCUCACCAGUAUUUCCUACAGUGAGCCACAAAUUUCCAGGAGAUACGUGGCUGAGCGUGAGGUCACUCAGAGGAAAGCUAUUGAAGCCCUGAAAAAAGCCCUGAAUGCCCAACCAGAAGCACUGAAAGACCACCACAUGAGCACAUGGAAGCACUAUUGGCACACAGGAUUCAGCAUAAGUAAAUCAAAAGCCAAAGGUGCCUUGAAUGGCCAUAAAAUAAACUCGACAAUCUACUACGUCCUAUCCCAAGUGCCCAAGGGGAUUUCGAACGUUGAAAAAUCUGUUUCCAAUAACGAAGGCUGCUAUCGUGGCCACCAUACGCUGGAUGCAACGAGAUUGUGGAGAGACACGUCCACGAUUGAUGGAGUCAAUUCAAUAGUCAAGGCGUGGUUGAUAACGCUGGAGAAGCAAGGAUGUCAUCAUUUGUUGGCUGGAGGGCCGACUGCUGUGCAGCAGGCCAUUGUGUUGAGUCUUGGGGGUCUUAGAUUCAGUAAUCAACAUGUGGAGUUCAACAUCGAUCCACAGUAUCUUCAUCGAGACUAUCUUUUUAGACGAAUAAGCUAUGGGAAUGUCACCCACGUAAACAUCUCAGUAACAGUAAACGAGGAUAAUCGUGCAGUGCUCGGUGUCGCACUGGAUCGGAGUGACAGUGACUAUUACGCCUGUGACGCUGCAUGUUUGGAUUCGCCUGUACCUCUCAGCCAGACAUACACGAAUUUUCCAGUUAAAUUAACACAACCCCUAACAGCCAUAUUGUACAUAACAUCAGACCACCAACACAUGCAGGAUCUACGGAAUGCACUACACGUACAUACUGUUGAUGAAGCACCAGCCCAUGACCACCACGUGAUGGCACUGCACAAACAUGGCCAUCAAUUGGGUGGAUUGCCAACGUUUUUUUGGGUCAGCAUAUGCUUUCUCAUCGUUGUUUUUCACAUGUUUCUUUGCAAACUCAUAUUCACUGAGUACUACGAUCAUCAGGAUCGACAGCGUGGGCGAUACAUGAAACCGUGAAUUCAAUUAUUCACAGAUUGUUAUCCCCACCUAUUUUUUUUUCAAGUGUUCUGGAUAUUUGGUUCUUACUUUGUUAUCUGUAUAUAGAUUUUGUUGAAGAAAUGUGGAUUUUUCAUUGAAUUAUUAAAAUUGAGACUGUCAGUUGUUUAACUGUAGUUUAUUAUAAAACGAAUCGUACAUGUAUUGCGAAGGUAAUUGUUAUAUAUUCGUGAAAUUUAUAAAAUAAAUUCUUAAAAACAC